AGAAAAGGUUUUGGUGGAGGCUGGGCCUGCUACUUACAGGUCAUAGCAGACAGGCACUCCGGUUCUUUGUAGUGCAGACCUGUACGGUAUUUUUAUGCAGCGAAAAAAGACAUUUCAACCAGCUUUUCAGCCAGUGCCAAUGUCACAAGAAAAUCGCUGAAAUAUUUACUCUGCUGUGUUCUGCAAAUUGGACACUGAUUUAACUUAUUUGUUUACUUUGUCAAAUUGGCUGCUGUUACUGCUGAUGUUCUACAUUAGUAGUUCUGUUGGUACCCUUUUGUCUCAUUCUGUUGACCGUAUUCUGUUCAAAAUGGUGAGUCGUGGCUGUUUUCCUUUCUGACAUCGCUGCUUUAUAAAUGGCGAUGCUUUGAGAACAGUACUGUUUUACAUGUGUGUGGUGCUCUGCAUUCUCAGUGGCCGUGAGGUAAGGCUUCGUGUGUUUCAGCGGUUCUCCCUUGGACCAUACCACUGUGAUGGAUAGUGGGGGGGGAUCUUGCAACUUAUAUCUGAUGGGAGCAGGAUAUGAACAGUCCAUGAAGGCAUUUUAGUAUGUUUCAUUACAUAUUACUGUAAGAUGCAUUACCACUGUGCUUCUAACCUUAAUCUUAUCUUUGCAGUCUUAUCUUUGAAAUAACAAGGUUUGGAAUUUCUGGUUGAGAUUUUCGCAGAUUUCUCUCUGUUUUUUUGAAUUGCUGUCUGCCUUUCGACUUCCAGUUUUCUAAUUACAGCUUUUUAAUGUUAUUUUUGUCUCCCUCUCGUGGUGUUUAGAUGUCAGCAAAAAAUGCCUCUGUGUUACUUUUUAUCACCCUAGCUCUUCUUUGACUUAUAUAAAAUAUAAUUGCUGUGUGUGUGUGUUUGUGUGUGUGUGGGUGUGUGUGUGGGUGGGUGGGUGUGUGUAUGUGUAUGUGUGUGUGUGGGUGGGUGUGUGUGUGUGUGUGUGUGUGUGUGUGUGUGUGCCCUGCGAUGGACCUUGUGCCCUGUGCUGCUUGGGAUGGGCUUCAGGCCCCAACCAGGAUAAACAGUUGGUUGGAGCGAUUUCUUUAAAAAAAUGUGGCCUUCUCUACAUUCCUCUGUAUGUAUGUCUUUUUUUGCUGGAACAUUUUAAGAAAUUGGAAUAGGUAACACUUUACUUGUGGGGGCACAAGUAAAUUAGUAACUGAGUUACUACUCAAGUACAAAUCAUGAACAAAUAUAGUAGCUCCAUGAAAUACAUGAACUGAUUAAUGACUGAUUAAUGAUGAAUAAACAUGGGAUCAGUACAUAACUAACACUUAGUUUUUGAUUUAUUGAUACAUUAAGUAUGAGUGUGCUACUGCAUUAAGUAUGAGUGUGCUACUGCAUUAAGUAUGAGUGUACUACUGCAUUAUUUGUGCCCCCUCAAGGUGUGUUACCGUGAAAUAUGUUUAAAUGUAAUGAAAAUGACCAAGUCAUGUUUUUAUUGAUGAUGAAUUUGAAAGGAAUAAUUGAGCAAAAUAACCAUAAAACCUACGAUCACGUAAUGACAAUUAAAUUAGCCUGGACAGAAGGGAGGCUGGAGGAUUAAAACGGAGCCAACGGAUUGAAUGGAGUCGCUCAACGUGGAUUAAAUAUCGAAGGAUUAAUGAGGAUUUUAAAGAGGAGGGUUAAUAUAUAGUCUACAAAAUAGAGUCCCCUCAAAGUACCACCCAGACUGAGUGCAUCUUAGAUGUGAUUGCUGCAGGACGCGGGUGUCGUUUUUCUUAACAGAGAAGCACUUCGUCUACUGUAUCGAGUUCCUGAGCGGUCUGGUACCUCUGGCCAAGACAGCGAUCUAUUGGAUGUCACAGCACUGCAACACCAAGAAGAAGUGGAAGGAGACAAUUUAUUUGGUAAAGAUGUUUCAGAAUUUGUUCUGUGAAGGAUGAUAAAGGUUUUGAUGAGAUUUGUUAACCACCAGAUGCUUAUAGUUGAAUAAUAACUAUUGGUCAACACAUGAUGAGAUGUUGCUGGUUGCAGUCAUUGCUGUUAAUGCCGCAGCUCAGCCGUCCAUUAAGGCCGUACGUGAUGCCUGCCGUCUUAUCAUGUGUGCACUCUGAGGCUGAGGAUCAGACACGACUAAAUGGGAAAGACCCCCAACCCUCUGUUAACUAUUCUGCAUUUCUUUCUGUGCAUGGUGACAUUCACUGGCAUAAUCAGAAUUAUAGACACGGUACGUAUAAGAAAGUAAAUCCUACGAUCCAGUAAUUUGCACUGAUGGUGAAUUUAUUUGCUCUCCCGCCGCUCCCUCAGUCCCUGACACUUCUACUCACUCUUCCUCAAUCCCAGUGACCCCCGCCCCCCCACCGAUCCAGCUAUGACCCAUCUCACUGCAGUGCGCUCCCCCGUCAUCACGUUUUGCCAGACGGGCGUGUCCCUGCUGCUGUCCGCUGUGGCCCUGCUCUCCUCCUACUGGUGCGUGGGCAAGCAGAAGAUGCCCAAGCCACUGUGCUCACUGCUCAAGACCAGAGACUGCAUCCCCGUGCCGGGCAUGUCGUCAAACUCAAGCUCCGCCCAGUUCUCUUGGGAAACAGGCGACGACCGCUUUGUGUUUCCCUCCUUCCAUUCCGGCCUGUGGACCAGCUGCCAGGAGAACAUCUACCUGGAUCAACGGGAGGAAAAGUGCCGAAGCUUUAUGGAGAUCAUGCCUCAGUCUGAGAAAGCAGUCAUGCUCUGGCUGUCCGUGACCAUGGAGCUGAUGUACAUGGGGCUGUUGACCACCAGCUCUUUGCUGCUCUGCCUGCAGCUCUGUAUCCGUGCCUGGCUGCCCUCGGCCGCCUGCUGGGGCCUGCUUCUCAAUGCCUUCUCUGCCAUCUUCACCGUGCUGGCAGGUAGGGGGGGCUCCUGUCAUAUCCUCAUGGAUUUCCUAAUGAUACUCAUUUGUCCAUGUUACAAUCCUUCCCGCUUUCUCACAGGACUGCUGGGUAUGGUGGGUCACAUGAUGUUCAUGCAGGUCUUCCAGGUCGCAGCUUCCAUGGGGCCAGAGGAUUUCAAGCCCCACAGUUACGGAUACUCCUGGGCUUUCUACGUGGCCUGGGUCGCCUUCUCUCUAUGCAUGUCGUCAGGCGUCUGCACACUCAACAGCUACACCGAGAGCGUGCUGAUGCACAGGCACGCAUGCGCACUUCAACAGCCUGCCAAGCAGCCCAUGGCCCCUUUCUUCUACCCGCCUCCCCCCCUGCCCGUCCCACCUCUCUCACCCUUAUCCCCAUACUACAGUACCCCAGCUAAUGUCCAGAUGACAGUGACUCACUCUGAGGAUGCCCAGUCGGUAACCAUGGAGACACCCUGA